UGGAGCCAAGAAACAGGUCUGACCUCUGUUACUGGAACUAAGCAAGGUGCUGUUUUAAAGAGUCUCUAAAGUGUUGGUGUCCAAGAGAAAAUGAACACCACGGAAACAGCCUCCAACUUCACCUUUACAUCCAGCACAGAAAAUGCCACUCUGUCCAGCUUUACAACCACCACCCUCUCUCCCACCAUCCCACAGCCUCCAUCCUACUCCUCAGACAUCCAUGACCCAGAAUUCACCAUCAUGGUGGUGCUGGGCUUGUCACUGCUGCUGGCAGGGUUAGCAGCCUUCCUGGCAGUGUGCCGGCCCUCGGAACAAGACGAGGACUCUGAGGCGAGCUGCAGCCCGGGGGAGAGCUUGACCCGCGGAAGAAACCAUUCCAGUGAGCCUCAGCUCAAGGUUUGGAGGAGGCUGGGCUCGUAUCGGCGUUCGUACAACAUCUCCUUCAGACGGCCGCACCAUCGCCGGCCGUAUGAGCGCGAGAGCUCACAUUUGUCCCGGUCUCCAGCCAGACAGACACCACAGCCAGAAGCCAGUGCAGAGCCCCAUCUCACUAUGCCUUGUUUAUUUGACUAUGUCACUGAAAUCUGACUCGAGGAUAGAAUGA